AUGCUUUGGAGGGGAAUUACUACAAACGAAAAAGAAAAUGCGCCCAGACCUCCAAAUGAUUGCGAAGAAAUAAUUAUUGACCUUCCACCACAAGUCCUGGAGCCACCACCCCAGUGGGCCAAGUGUUGCAUCUACAGAGUCCCCAAGAGACUUCGCCAGGUAAAGGGGGAGUCCUACACACCAAAGCUAAUCUCAAUAGGCCCUUUUCACCACGAUAAAGAAGAACUAAAGGACAUGGAAAAGCUGAAAUUGACAUACUACAUGGAAUUCCUUCAACGGACUGGGACAGAACCACGGGAUAUAGCUAGUAUCAUUGCAAAGAGGCAACAGAAAAUUAUCUAUUGUUAUGAUGGGCGCUUAGAGAUCAGCAGCCAAGAUAUAUUGAAAAUUGUUCUAUUAGAUUCCAUCUUUAUCAUUGAGUAUUUCGUUAGGGCUACUGCUGGAGGAGAAAAUAGGAACAAUCAAAUGGAACAUAAUAGAACUGAGGACCUUUUCAGAAACAUAAUGGCUCUGGAGCAGUGUCAUUAUCCAUUGAAAGCGUACUUAUGCAAUUAUAUGGUGCUAUUGGAUCAUCUUAUCAACACUAGCGAAGAUGUAGAGUUGCUUGCUGACAACGGGAUUAUUGUUAACGCUCUAGGAAGCUAUGAAGUAGUUGCCACUAUGGUUAACAGAAUUGCUGUUGAAAUUGUGGAAGAAAAUUCCUGUUACAGUGAUGUUGCUAAAGAUCUUAAGAACCACUAUCGGAAAGGUUGCAACCGUAAUAUUGGAUACUUGAAAAGUCCCUAUUUCUCCAAUCUCUGGAGAGGUACUGCAACUGUUGUUGGUCUUAUAAUCUUGGGAUUCACUCUCUGGGAUUUCGUUAGGUCUACAGUCAAAUAG